AUGGGCUCUUUCGAAGAUCGUAUCGACGCCGCUGUGCGGAAUCGUGAUAUCCCCGGUAUCAUACUUCAUGCCCAAGACAAAUCCGGCAACUUCCAGUACUCGCACAUCUUUGGGGAUGAGUUGAAAAGCUCAACACCGCUGUCAGAUGACAACAUCCUCACUCUUGCUUCAGUCACGAAGCUCUUCACGACGAUCGCUGCCUUGCAGCUCGUAGAGCGUGGAAUCCUGACCCUCGACGGGGAUGUAUCGAAACAUGUCCCGACACUAGCACAGAAGCCCGUCUUGACCGGCUUCACGGAGUCUGGCAAGCCCAUCGAGGUACAGCGCAAGAAGCCCAUCACCCUGCGCCACCUUCUCACGCAUAGCGCCGGCAACAGCUACGACUUCCUCAGCGACGCGACGCGAGAGUGGCAGUCUUUUCAUGGUCUCAAACCAACGCGCGGGAACACCGUCGAAGAGCGCUUUGGGUACCCCUUGAACUACGAGCCGGGAGAAGACUGGGCCUACAGUUGCAGCUCAGAUUGGACGGGGAAGCUAAUUGAGAAUGUGUCUGGGACGUCGCUUGAGCAGUACAUGCGGGAAAACAUCUGGGACCCGGUUGGUGCAUCGAGUUUCACAUUCAACGUCGAGUCCGUGAGAUCCAAACUGUGGGGGAUGAACACACGUGAUAGGGACACAGGAAAGAUUAUUCUUCAUCGCGGAAGGGAGUUGAACCAAGGAGUGACCGACUGUCUUGGUGGACAAGGCUCCUACGGCUCGGCUCCAGAUGUCAUGCGAGUGUUGCGCUCACUGCUGAUUGACGACGGAAAGCUGCUGAGCCCGAUAAUGACUGCCGAGAUGUUCAAACCCCAGCUCUCGCCAGGGUCUAAGAAGAGUUUGUUGAAGGCAAUGGAAGAGCCGGAGUGGGCAGUCGGGCAUUUUCCUGUCACAGGCGAGUAUGACUGGGGUCUUGGAGGUCUGCUUGUGGAUGGACAUAGUCACCCGUACCGCCGGAACGGGACGCUGAUGUGGAGUGGCGCGUCAAAUGUUUUCUGGUGGAUCGAUCGCAAAGCUGGGCUUUGUGGCUUCUUUGCGACGCAGAUGCUCCCUGCGGCAGAGGAAGGAGUCCGGCCAUACAUCAAGGCAUUUGAAGAUGAGAUGUACUCAAAGGUCAAGGGUUUCAAGACUCGCGCAGUGCUUUGA